ACACCCGCAACAACCGGCUCGAUGAUGCAAUUCACUCCACCUGGGCAGAUGUCACGGCUCAACCUUCCACCAUCUCGGUUCAAUCCCAAGCGAUGUCGUAUUUCGAUUCUUCAUUCACGAGAGAUCUUCAUGCUAGUAACUCAAGGUCACGGAGGGAACGCCGAUUACUGAAAUUACGCUCGCACUCGCACUCAGACCACAUGAUUUUGUGGACGAUGAGGUCGUUCGGGAACGGAUCGAUCGAACUCUACGGGAUUGCAGUGAUCAUUCGCAUGGUCAAAUUCCUCAGAUUCACAGCGCUCGCGCUCGGCUUUUCGAGCGUAGAAAUUCUCUCUAUUACUCUCCCAGUGUGCGGACGAAUUAGGGUCCUUCAUGGGCACUCUUGUGUGUACCGAGCCGGUACUAACAUCAAACAAGUAGUCGCCUACCAUGACCUGCAUGGCAUCGCAAGUCUCGCACAGCCAGCCGACCGAACAGCGCCCAAUGCUACUGUGCAUACCUGGUUCAUCCCACUAGACGUCACAUCUCGUAUGUUUAGUAAGGUUCAAGCCCCGUUAGGUUUACCAACUGCCCGGAUAGGACAUUUUUAUCGCCCCAUCCGGUCGCCCCGGAUGCCGCUACUUGGUCGUGACACCGUUAGCAAGCAUACUGAGGUUCCAAAACUGGGGGAAAAUGUCUUUUCGGCGCCGUCGGCAUGAACCGAUGCUCGUGUUUCGGGAGAACUUUCAUGGUACACUCUUCUCGUGUGCUCUAGUUGGUAUGGCCAAGAGUGACGCUUGAUGUCAACCUCCUCGUGUUGAACCUUGGGGCUAAGCGGACGCGAUGAUCAU